AUGGUAUCCACCUUUUUGCCAUGUAUAUUAGGACACAGUGGAACUAAUACGUCCGCAGGCAAUGUUCCAGUUCGCCGCGAUAUUCGCGAUUUGAAAGAUAACUUUCCAGACCAAUGGAAUCUGUACCUGCGUGGACUGGAUUCGCUUCAGCGGGCCAAUCAGAAUGAUUCGCUAUCUUUUUACCGCAUUGCUGGUGUGCAUGGCAGGCCUUACAAAGUGUGGGAAAACGCGCCAGGUCUAACACACAAGGUCGGCACUGCUGGCUACUGUCCGCAUGGCAACUCCCUAUUUUUUGGGUGGCAUCGCCCAUACCUCGCUCUGUUCGAACAAGAACUGUACAAACAUAUUCAGAGAAUCGCCUUGGGAGCUCCAGCAGACCAAAGACAGCGCUACAGCGCUGCUGCAAACUCAUUUCGCAUCCCAUACUGGGACUGGGGGUUGGGAGACAAAGGCGGCCCCGUGCCAGAUUUCUUCAUGACGCCCGCCAUUACAAUAGUCGACAUGGAUCGCAUCACAAAAGUCAUACGAAACCCGUUGUAUUCGUACAAAUUCCACCCUCUUGUCCCUGGGGAUUUUGAUUCAAAGUGGGCGCAGAUGAACGAAACAGUUCGAUGGCCGCAGACAGAAAAUGACCCGUCUGCGCCGUCACGGAAUUAUAUGUUUGCGGCUGAUUUUGUAGAUCUGCAACGUGUUUUCCUAGAUGGGCUCGAGAAGGCCUUCAGGGAGACUACGUACAAUUCGUUUGGACAGGCGAUUGAAGAAGUUCAUGGCUGGAUCCAUGGGACUAUCGGUGGCGGCUACUCUGACAGUAACGGAGGGCAAGGGCAUAUGUGGCCUUUGGACUACUCAUCGUACGAGCCGCUCUUCUGGUUGCACCACGCAAACGUAGACCGACUGUUUGCGCUGUACCAGGCGCAGGAUCCCACCCGCUAUCUAACACCACAAAACAUCUUCGACUCAGGAAACGUCUUCCUCGAGGACAACACUGUCGUAGACGGAACCACGCCCCUCCUCCCUUUCCGCAGAAACGCAACCAGCUUCUGGACAACAAACGACGCCCGUAACACCGCCAUCUUCGGCUACGCAUAUCCCGAGACGCAGCCGUGGAACUACGCCUCAAGCGCUGAGUACCGCGCAGCCAUCACAGCCACCAUCUCGCGGCUCUACGGCGGAAGCGUAAAGGCGAUGCUAACAGACGAAAGCGAUAGAGUCGGAACUCUUGGAAUCCACGCCCAGUCCGCUAAGAACACUACUUUCACCGACUGGACCAUCACUACGAAGGCCGCUGCGCUCGACCUGCCGCCUACUUUCGUCGCGCGCUUUUCGCUCGCGGGGGAUAACUCGUCGGAUCCCGUCGUCGAUGUGGGCAUGUGGACGAAACUCAUGCCCAUGGACCACAACAGGUCGAAACGAAAGAUCCGCCAAACGCAGAAGAAAGCGAAACGCGCUCCUAUUCUUGCAAAGACACUGAGAGGCAACGUAGGUUUGACGGCCAGUCUGCUGGAUCAGGUUGCGGCGGGGAAGCUGGCGAGUCUGAACUCGACGGAUGUUGUGCCGUACCUGCGGGACAGGUUGGUGUGGAAGGUGUACUCGGGCAAUGGGACAGCGAUUCUGCAGUCGGAUCUCGAGGCGCUGACCGUCCUGGUCGUUAGUGUAAGCGCGCGUAUCCCGGAUGAUCAUAGUAUGCCCAUCGAGUAUAGCGAUAAGGUUACUGUGCAUGCUGACGCUACGGCUGGCAAGACUGGCGGCGCUAUGGCGUGAUUGUAGAUUCUUUGUUUUACCCUGUCCUAAGCGUUUUUUCUUCUGUUCCUCCAGUUCCCGCGUACCUAGAUGCUGUAUAGACGUCCUCGUAAUAGCAAAGUAUCAACUUGAAUAGCAAGAAUAUAUGUACCCAUCCUCACUGACGCUGAUCCCAAAACAAGUGCCGUGGUUCCGAUAUGACUCAUUCGUCUUGCAUGACCUGGAGUCCCG